AGAAGCCUCAAGUUUCAGAUGUCGAAGUCAAACAAGAGCGACCCUACUGAGUUUCACUUCAGAACUUUUUUUCCCUCUCUCUCUCAAGAACCGCAUGUAUAAUAAUUAUGCUUCAAUGGUAGGUGAAGAAAAGUAAAGGCGCAGCAGUUUGGAACUUUUACGUCAACAACAAACUUGUGACUCACCCACUGGACGGCAUUGUUGAGCGUGGUGCCCGUCUGUGUCACGCACUCGCCAACCAGGAACUUCGACCAGUGCGUUUCCAUUAGUGGACCAUUUUCAACUAAUUGAAGCCCCGGCUUUACAUUUGUUGCCUUUGGGUCCCUUUAAGACUCCGACAUGGAGCCCACCACUCUGCAGAAAGCUAUAGCAGUGGCCCAGAAGGCGUCACAAGAGGACCAGGCGGGCAACUAUGAAGAGGCCGUUGGCUCCUACAAACAGGCUGUCAAGUACUUUCUUCACAUUUUAAAUCGUGAACCCCAGGGUAAAGUUGGCAAUCAAAAAAUCAGAGACAAAUGUAAGGAGUACCUGGACCGAGCGGAAGAGCUACAGGAGUACCUCGACUAUAAAGAGAAAGCCAUCGAUCUUGCCAGCAAGGCGGCUCAGGAGGAUAAAGCUCAGAAUUAUGAGGAGGCUCUGCGAAUGUACCAAGCUGCUGUACAGUAUUUCCUUCACGUGGUCAAAUAUGAAGCUCAAGGUGACAAAGCUAAACAGAGCAUCCGCGCAAAAUGUGCCGAAUAUUUGGAUCGGGCAGAGAAGUUGAAGGAGUAUCUCCAAAAGAAGGAGAAAGCGCCAGCCAAACCUGUCAAAGAGUCAAAUGACAAAGGGAAUGACAGCGAUGACGGUGAUGAUCCCGAGAAAAAGAAGAUGCAGAAUCAACUCUCAGGUGCAAUUGUUAUGGAGAAGCCAAACAUCAAGUGGGAUGACGUUGCGGGUUUAGAGGGUGCCAAGGAGGCCCUGAAAGAGGCUGUGAUUCUUCCAAUCAAAUUCCCUCACCUCUUUACAGGCAAGAGAACACCUUGGAGGGGGAUCCUGCUCUUUGGUCCUCCAGGUACAGGAAAGUCCUACCUUGCGAAAGCUGUCGCCACGGAGGCAAACAACUCCACCUUCCUGUCUAUCUCUUCUUCUGAUCUCGUUUCAAAAUGGUUGGGAGAAAGUGAAAAGUUAGUCAAGAAUCUGUUUGCCCUCGCGAGGGACAACAAGCCUUCCAUUAUCUUCAUUGAUGAGAUUGACUCCCUCUGCGGCUCCAGAAGCGAGAACGAGAGCGAGGCGGCGCGACGUAUCAAGACGGAGUUCCUGGUGCAAAUGCAAGGCGUCGGAACCGAUAACGAAGGAGUGCUGGUGCUCGGGGCGACAAACAUUCCGUGGACCCUCGACUCUGCCAUCAGAAGAAGAUUUGAGAAGAGGAUCUACAUUCCGCUGCCGGAAGAGCACGCUCGCGGCUUCAUGUUCAAGCUCAACCUGGGCUCCACCCCCAACAGUCUGACAGACUCGGACUUCGUCACCCUGGGCAAGAAAACAGAUGGUUACUCGGGCGCGGAUAUCAGUGUCAUCGUGAGAGACGCGCUCAUGCAGCCCGUCCGAAAGGUCCAAGCGGCAACCCACUUUAAGAGAGUGAAUGGACCAUCGAGAUCAGACCCCCUAAUAAUUGAACACGACCUCUUGACGCCCUGCUCGCCCGGCGAUCCCAACGCAAUUGAAAUGACAUGGAUUGACGUCCCCGGAGAGAAGCUUCUGGAACCUGUAGUUUGCAUGUCUGACAUGCUGAGGUCUCUGACCAGCACUAAGCCCACCGUCAAUGACCAGGAUCUGGGAAAACUGAAAAAAUUCACAGAGGACUUUGGACAGGAAGGCUAGUUCGAUUUGUUUGGGGAAGAAGGCCAAACCAAAGCAAAUGAAUUGCAAUGUUCUAUUUACUGUUUGUUUCGGGGGUUUUCUUUUUUCCUCCCCCCCCCCCCCUUCCCGUUUCAUCUUAACCAUUCAGCAGAGAAAGAUAAAUGCUGUUUCAGUCUGACAACCACAGAAAGGCUGUAGAAACUACGUUUGACACUCAUUACAAUAAAUCUAAGCUUCUUGACAAAUUUAAAAGGGUGUUGGACUUCUAAAGGUGCAAACAUACCCAGGCUGCUUCUUUGGACUCGGGUUUUGCACACACUCGUAUUUCUUGUCAUUAACCAAUAAACAGCCCUUCUCUGUUUUGUAUAAAUAAGGAACAAGCAUUUUAUAUUAUACUGUAUGUUGUGGCAUCCAUAUAUAGGUUGUGGGGAAAUGAGGCGCCAUUGGAUUUCUUUUAUGUGUUAUAUGUGUUCAUAGUGUCAGUGUGGUUCAGUGUGCAGGCAUUUUAAGACUUUGUGUGAGACUCUAGAUGAGAGCUACUUUAGAACCGAGGUUGCGAUCGUCUGUCCACUUUUCGCAAUUGUAUGCAUUGAAUGGAUCACCAAAGGUGCCAGACCAGCAUUAUUUAAAAUAAGGCUUUUUGUCACACUUUUUAUCACAUCAUACUAAGACUUUUUUUUUUUUUUUUUAAAUAUAUGCAGUAUAUAUAUAUCGGAACGGAUGCUGGUUACAAAACUGCUAAAAAAAAAAAAAAGCCUAACAAGAUAAAAUUGGAUAGUAAAUUUUGACAUAAGAUGAAGCUAAAGGCUCGUUUGUACUUUGCGGCCAAUAGGUAAAUCUCCAAUUAGAAGUGACACUGCAUACUGUGCCUUUUACAGAAGCUGUUUAUUUUUCUAUAGAUUUGUCUCAAUUUGUCAUAAUGCUAGUUUACCAUCAUAGUGCAUCGUCACUACUACUACAACUAAGACAUGUAUAAUACCUGCACAUUUCCUGUAAACUCUUACAUGGAAUGUAAACAACUCUAUUUUUAUUUGCGAUUUGAUGGGGAAUUUGGCUUUCUAUACCAACAUUAGUCUGAGGUCAAAUAUUUGUGUUGUACUCCCGUUUUUUUCUCUCUCUCAUUUCUGAAAUGUAAAUAAAAUAUAAAUACAUUAAACGUCAAA